UCACCGUGUAGGAAAAAUAUCGCAUCCCCUCAGCGGCUUCUUCCAGAUCUCCAUGACUACAAUUUGCAAUGGUGAAGAAUCCGAUACCAGGGCGCUUGGAGGCUGAUUGGGGUGCAUUGUGAGGGGCCUGGGGUCGCUGAUUGGUUCAAGGAAAGCACCAUAACUACAAGGAGUUUAUAUUCAUUCAGCUUGUUGAAGUGCUCCCUACUGCAGCCUGGAGAGAAGCGUCUGUGCUCGGCGUUUCAGAGAGACUCUGGACUCAUCCGGCAGUGGACUUGAUGGUGGACUACAAGUUCUAACAUGGACUAAUUUGUUCAAAAGCACUGCGACAAAAUGGCAAACGCAGACAGCGAGGUCAAGACGUUGCUGAAUUUUGUGAAUCUGGCAUCCAGCGACAUCAAGGCGGCCCUGGACAAGUCAGCUCCGUGCAGACGCUCCGUGGAUCACAGGAAAUAUCUGCAGAAACAACUCAAGCGUUUCUCUCAGAAAUACUCCCGAGUCCCAAGGUGCCACACGCACAGGUCUGCGGAGCACGGGUGCGCCAAACCGGCGGGGACUGUUCACCAGAGUGUGAAGGUCGCAGAGAAGGCCAGCUCGGAUGCUCAAGGUGUGGAGAAUGUGAGCAGCGCUGUGGAGCAGGUGCCUAUGAGGAAGCGCCAGCUGCCAGCCUCCUUCUGGGAGGAACCCAAGCUGACCCAAACUAAGUGGGAGCGCCCACAUUUGGGGCUGAGGAAGCACCCCGCAGGCGCAUCUGAGGGCGGCGAAAACGAAAAGAGGAAGAGGAGUUAUGACGAUGACGCAAAGGCCACUCUGUCUGCGUCCAGUCGACGCAACUCUGCGGAGAAAGACUCUGUGAAACUGGACCUGACCUCUCACCACUGUGUGAGUGUGUGCGGCUGCUGCCCCUUCCAGUACCACGGACACCAGGUCCUCCACAGUCACAUUGUUGUGCCCCAUCCGCCCCUGGGACUGUGGAGCAAAGCAGCGGGGGCAGAGAUGGAGAGACCUGAGCAUCCUUAUGGACAGAAAAUCCACACGCACGUUGUGGUCAAACCCAUACCGACCAAACCCACCGUCCAGUCCCCCAUCUUCAGUGUGUUUGGAUUCAUUUAAUUACUCUACUAAUGGACCCAUCACACACAGAGUGUGUAAAUAGGACUAGCCUAAUUAUGUUUCCCUUUGAACUCUUUCCACAUUUGUACAUGAGACACUUCCUCCAGCACUUAUUGGAAUGCUUCAUCUAUUUUUGCUGUUUAAAUCUAAAGGACUAAGUUGCACUCGCAGAAUAGCUUCAUCUCGCUCACUUUCAUGGCAGUCUGGCGCCUCAGAGUAUCUGAAAACUGACAGUAAGUUAAAAGGUUUCUACUUUUAGGCUUCUACAGAUGGUGAUGUCUCUUUUUCAAAUACCAAAAGUCAUGCAAAUGAAUGAAAGCAUCCUGUUUUAGUUUCCUCUUUCAACUAUGAGAAUAGAAUGUGGGACAUAGAUUGCUUUUUCUUUGUCAGAGUAAAGUUUGAUAGGCGCAUUUGAAACGAUGCCUUUUUAUUUUCAAAUAAAUGAUUCGAAUUCCCUUGAGAA